AGGUAACAGUACCAAAAACGGACCAACAGUAGAAAUAAAUCCGACUAUUACGGAUAUUAUUAUUCGGCGAUAACGGACUAAAAUUCGUUGUUGAAACGCUUCCGAAUAUCUCCACCAGACAUUUAUCAACGUAUAUUGACACACGUCUCGGCUCGGCGACGUCUCGCUGUAAGGAGUAUGGCCUCCGGGUCACCGUCGUCCUCUCCGGACACUGCGACGGGUUCGGGUACGGACCCGGCUCGGCCUGACACAGGGGAGCCCCUCGGCGGAGCGGGCUCAGACUCCGACUCGGACCUGGGUUUGGGGAAGUUUGAUUGCAGCGCCAUGGAAAUGGCAGAGCGGCUGGAGGGGGAGGACCUGGAGCAAGAGUUUGACUCCGCAGCCGAGCGGGUCAGAGAUCUGGUCCAGACAGCCGGCAGGGAGCAGCUGCUGUACCUGUACGCUCGGUACAAACAGGUCAAAGUGGGGAAGUGCAACGCACCAAAGCCUGGCUUUUUUGAUUUUGAAGGACAGAGAAAAUGGCAUGCCUGGAAACAGCUUGGAGACAUGGAGGUGGAGCAGGCCAUGAGGGAGUACAUAUCCUGUGUUAAUUCAUUAGACCCUGAAGGCAGCUAUAAGGAAAGACGAGGAGCAGAGAAGAGAUCUGUCUUUGGAGGUGCAGCUGUCAGCUCUCUAUACCAGGAGGAGAAGAUCAGAGAGGAGGACAAGAACAUCUUUGACUAUUGCAGAGAAAACAAUAUCGACCACGUCAGCAAGGCCAUUGGCUCCAAGAAAGUGGAUGUCAAUGUUAAAGAUGAAGAGGGUCGAGCUCUUCUGCAUUGGGCUUGUGACAGAGGACACAAGGACCUGGUGUCACUAUUACUGCAAAACAAAGCAGAUAUUAACAGUCAGGACAAUGAAGGACAGACAGCACUACAUUACGCGUCAGCGUGCGAGUUCGCGGAGAUCGUAGAGCUGCUGUUGAAGUCUGGAGCUGACCCGUCUAUCAAAGACAUGGAGGGCUCGCUUCCCGAGGAGGUGACUGAAUCCAGUGCAAUUUCUUCUCUACUGCGUCAGUACACUGCUCCCAAAGGCUAAAUCACCUGUUGACCCUCACCCUACCCUCGCCGAUCCCUUGUCUUAUCCUUACUUUAUGUUUACUAACCAUUCCCUCUGUCCGUUCUUUAUAAGAGACUGUGUUCAACCCCAGCAGCUGGUGACAUUGACUGGAAGAGUUUAGAUUUUUUUUUUUUCCAAAUAUCUGAGGUGACUUCCUUUUUGACAAAUGAAAUGAGGCUCUACAGCAUGCAUUUACAUUCAUUUAUGUAUUGUAUAUUUACUUUAAGUUGGUACGGUUUGGCCGUGUAACUGUAUAUACUGUGAGAUCAUGGAAUCUUGUAGUUUUACUGUGUUUCACAACACAUUAUCUAAAGAACUGUGGUUAUAUUGCAGGAAGAGGUCACAAAUUUAGGGGAUUUAGAGAUUUGUUUUUUCGAUUUAAAUAUGUUUUACAGGAAGUUUGCACAUUACUUCUGUCCAUUGCGUUUAAAUUCCAAGCAAUUAUUUUAUCUAUAAAAGUAUUUCUAUGUCAUGACUAUUGCAAUAUUAUAUUCCAUAUACUGUGAUUUUAAAAGUUGUUACCUUCCCUUACUGUUCUGGUCUGACAGGCGUUUUG